AAAAAAAACAAAAGAAUUCCACCCUCUUCGCCGCCACCUCUGAAUCCUUCCAUUCUUCGGCAUUCCAUCGAAUGCUUGAUGGGCAACACUUGCCGCGGCUCUUUGACGAGCACCAAGUUUUUCCGCAGCUUCGCCGAUCCCACCGACCGCUUCUCCUCCUCCUCCUCCUCCCGCACCCACCCUCACAGCUCCUUCUCCGACGCCGACGAACCCCCCAAACCCGCCCCCCCAAACCCCACCAUGCGCCGCGGUGCUGACAUGCACUCCAGCUGCAUCCUCGGCCACAAGACCGCCAACAUCCGCGAUCUCUACACCCUCGGCCGCAAACUCGGCCAGGGCCAGUUCGGCACCACCUAUCUCUGCACCGAGAUUUCCACUGGCGUUGAGUAUGCUUGCAAGUCCAUCUCCAAGCGCAAACUCAUCUCCAGUGACGACGUCGACGAUGUGCGCCGUGAGAUCCAGAUCAUGCACCAUUUGUCCGGGCAUCGCAAUGUGGUGACCAUCAAGGGCGCGUAUGAGGAUCCACUCUAUGUGCACAUUGUGAUGGAGCUCUGCGCCGGUGGGGAGUUGUUUGAUCGGAUUAUUCAGAGGGGGCAUUAUAGCGAACGGAAGGCGGCCGAGCUCACGAGGAUCAUUGUUGGGGUUGUUGAGGCCUGCCACUCUCUCGGUGUCAUGCAUCGGGAUCUCAAGCCGGAGAACUUCUUAUUGGUGAAUAAGGACGAUGAUUCCUCUCUCAAGGCCAUUGAUUUCGGGCUCUCCGUGUUCUUCAAGCCUGGCCAAAUUUUUACUGACGUGGUGGGUAGCCCCUAUUAUGUUGCUCCAGAGGUGCUAUGCAAGCACUAUGGGCCGGAAGCUGAUGUUUGGACCGCUGGAGUUAUACUCUAUAUAUUGCUGAGUGGUGUACCUCCUUUCUGGGCAGAGACACAGCAAGGAAUCUUUGAUGCAGUUCUUAAAGGGGUCAUUGAUUUUGACUCAGAUCCAUGGCCAGUAAUAUCUGAUAGUGCCAAGGAUCUUAUCAGAAAAAUGCUCUGCUCUCGGCCUUCUGAUCGCUUGACUGCCCAUCAAGUACUAUGUCAUCCAUGGAUCUGUGAAAAUGGUGUUGCUCCGGACAGAGCCCUGGAUCCAGCUGUCCUCUCACGUCUCAAACAGUUCUCAGCAAUGAAUAAGUUGAAGAAAAUGGCUUUGCGUGUUAUUGCUGAAAGCUUGUCAGAGGAGGAGAUUGCUGGAUUAAGGGAAAUGUUCCAGGCAAUGGACACAGACGACAGUGGUGCAAUCACUUUCGAUGAGCUGAAAGCAGGUUUGAGAAGAUAUGGUUCAACACUAAAGGAAUCAGAGAUCCGAGAUCUCAUGGAUGCAGCUGAUGUGGACAACAGUGGCACCAUUGAUUACGGAGAAUUCAUUGCUGCAACAGUGCAUCUUAACAAACUAGAACGUGAAGAACAUUUAGUGGCAGCAUUUUCAUAUUUUGACAAGGAUGGAAGCGGUUAUAUCACAGUUGAUGAACUUCAACAAGCUUGUAAAGAGCACAACAUGGAAGAUGUUUUUCUUGAGGACAUAAUCAGAGAAGUUGAUCAGGAUAAUGAUGGCCGCAUCGAUUACGGUGAAUUUGUUGCCAUGAUGCGCAAGGGCAAUAUGGGACUGGGGCUAGGAAGGCGAACCAUGCGUAACAGCAUGAACAUUAACACAAGGGAUGCAUCUGGAGCUCACUGA